AUGAGUGUUUAUUCAAUUAUAUUCUCGGAUCGACAAAAUGCAGAGGCGACACUUGACACUGUCGACACCAUUGACAAAAAGAUUGUUUCACGUGUAUGCGACUCGCUGCGUCUUCUCGAGCGUCUCGGGGCAGCGAAGGCUGCGAAACUAUUAGAGAGUGUAAAGAACUACGAGCCAAACCCUUCGGACUUCACGGAUAGCCCCGAGAAAUAG